CGAGGCGAGAUGGCACGAUUCUGCUCCCUUGAAGAAAAUGCAGGGCGUGUUGCUGUGUUUGCCAUAAUUCUAGCUGGUUUGUUGUUGGUAUUUACAGUUACCGUUGACUGCAACAGAUACUGGAGUUACUGUCCUAGACGAGAGUUUAACGAUUCGAUUGGGCCGCCACGUGCACCACAAGUUGGCGAUCGCGUCAUUUGCAGAGUGGAAAACGUAAGCGCGAGACCCAUCCCACCAGGAAGACUUGAAGGACAUAUCUUCAAAUGGGCCGAGCGGAGCCGACCUGCUUGGAUUUUCUACGGCAUCUUGAAUUUUAGCGCGACUUUCAUCAACCUUGUGCUUAUCUUUAGUCAUCCUAAGAAAAGACGCAACGAAAACACAGAAAGUAGAAGUUUUAGUCAUCAUCAAAGCGAGUAUAGUCGAAUCAGCCGGAUUAUUUACGCCUGCCAGGCAAUCGUCAUAGUUCAUCAAGCUAUCAACGUGGUCAAAAUUGUGGACUGCCGGCCUGAGAACCGCGCAGAGAUAUUCCACACGGUCAUGUUAGCAUUGGACGUAUCAGUGCAAGGCAAGUGCUACGUCUUACAUACAAUCCAGUAUAGACAGCCAAUUAGUUGUAAUUAAGUUAUAUUAUCAUACACGUGUGACGUGCUGAGGUAGCCGCGUAGUGUAGUCUGAAAUUUUAGAGGAGAUCUUGGCUCAGUUAGAUUUCUCUGUUUAUAAAAAUAAAAAUUAUAUAAUUUACUAUCUAUAUGUAGCUAUGAGGCUGCUAAAACAACUUUCUCUAGACUAACAGUUUUGAGUGGUACACGUUAGACAAAUUCUUCUACACCAAUAAGUCGUAACUCUUUUUUCUUUUUUUUUCUUUCAUGUAUCUAGCUUUUUUCGCUAAGUCAUCGAAGAAUGCCUGCCUCAACAUUAAAUUGAACCUUAGAGUGUUCAAACACGGUAUAGAUAUAACAGCAGGUCUAGAUCCGUCCAUUAAUGUUUGUUUGGAGUUUCUUGAAUGACUCUCGUUUGGUUGCUACAUGCAUAACCACAUUCUUGCUGCAUGUUUAAAGAUGUCCUCUGCCUGUCUGCCUGCCUGCCUGCCUGUCUGUCUCUCUGCCUGCCUGUCUGUCUGUCUGUCUGUCAAAUAACAUUUAUUUCAAACAUACAUCU